GAGGUUAAAAAUAAAUGUGCCUAAGAUUUUGGGAAUUUCACAUUCGCAAUUGGCUCGGAGCAGAGAGGGAUCUGGGGAUUUACUCGAUCAAGCAUGCUUCUCAAUCAAUGCGGAGCCGAGACGACGAUAGAAGAUUCCAUGGAAGCGACGAAUUCGGACCGCUCAUCGGUGGAUUUCAAAAGUAACGCGAGAAAGCGUAAGGCCGAUUUCGAGCCGGGAGAGGAGGAGGAAGAGGAAGAGGAAGAGAGCGAUGAAGAAGAAGAAGGCGUUGAUGAUGGGAGAGGCAAAACAGAGGAGGAGCCUAAGGCUAUAAUAGAUUGCUUAGAGGCACCGGAAUGGGAUGUGGACAGCUUCGAUGGUUUGGAGUAUUAUUCGUCGCCGGAGGUGUUAUUUUCCUCCGAGGAUGAACCUUUCUCCGAAGAAUCGAAAGAACACUACCGCAUCUUUAAACGCCAGAUGAUUGAGAGCAAGGAAUUUACGGGGAUCCUCAGCUUAGGCCCUUUGAUCACUACAGAGGAAUUAAACCAAUGGGCUUGGAGUGGGAAGCGCUUACGGAUAAAGACUUUCGCGGCUUCUUUGAAGAGUUGGUCUAUUUUUGUCUCCUAAACUUCAACCAAGACCAGGAUUCGAAUGUGGAGUUCGUUGAAGUUGUGAGAGGUUAUUAUCGCGCAGGACCGAGAUCGAAGUCAUACAUUACAUUUAUGGCCAGGGAGAAGCCUGAUGGACCUCUUGUGGAGUAUCACGCCAAGUGUAUGGUUACUUUGGACAGAAAGAGGCAUCCCAUCCUCUGUAGACCGGCUCCUACACCAAAGCCUUGACACCAAACUUGUUUAAGGUAGGGGUUGCUCUUAGCCAGUUCAGAUUUGCUGUGUCCAUGCUCAAACGUGAUUAGAUAUAUGUAUGUCAUAAUGUGUUUGAAUCUGAAGAUUUUAUAUUCUCAUCUUUAGACAAGAGAUGAUUCUAUAGGAAAUUGUUCAAUAUAAACUGUAGUGUUUGAAUCU